AUGGAAGAUGAUACUACAGAUUGUAACAAUGCGAUAUCAAAUGUUGCUUCAUACGUUAUUUGCUUCAUUUCUUUGCUUGGACUUUGCCAUGGCUUGCAUAUCCUCGUAAAGCCCUUUUCUCAGCCACGAAUCAUAUCGGAAACUAUUGUGGGGUUUUCGUUAGCCAAUUGGACCUUAGUAAAAUCUUCGUUACUACAUAUAGAUGAUAACAAAUUGAAAAACAUGAAAUUUCUAACGGAUUUUGGGAUGACCAUCUACAUGUUUGCACUAGGGCUCGAAAUGAAUCCUCUGGUGUUUUUUCGCAUACCUAAGAGAGAGGUUAUUUUUGCAUACACGGUGAUGAUUUUCACAUUUAUUAUGACAAGUGGCAGUGCUCCUUUCCUUCAUUACGGGACGAACUCAAACCUUAAAUUUUAUUUAGCUUUCUCUAUAAUGUUGUCAAGUACGGGGUCCCCUUUGCUAACACGUGUGUUAACAGACCUUAAAAUUGGAAAGUCUAACAUUGGCAAGUUUGCCAUUUCUGCAGCAGUGUACUCUGAAUUGGUAACUAUUUUUAUAAUUUGUGUUGGAUAUGUCAUAUUCCAAGCAGAAAGAGGGUUUCGGGUUCGUGUAAGAGAACCUGACCAACAUAAGUACCUUAAGGGUCAUGGUGUUAUCCCUCUUGGCGCGACACUGUUGGUACAAAUCAUCAUAACCCUCAUUGUAGGACCUAGAAUUCUUCAUUGGGUCAACAACACCAAUCCUCAUGGAAAAACAUUUAAAGGAUCACACUUGGUGCUCUCAGUUGCGUUUGUUGUGUGUAUUGGCUGCAUUUCACCCCUUAUGGGGUUUACUCCCGUGCUUAGCGCUUUUGUAACUGGGGCAUUCUUACCGCGAGAAGGGAGGAUUUCACAAUUUUUCAUUUCUAAAUCUAAUUACUUUUUGACCUUUGUGUUCUAUCCUUUCUUUUUUGUGUGGGUGGGUUUGGAAGCACAAAUUGGACGAUUUGAGUUUCAAACUCUAGGCUCUUGGGCAAGGUUGUUUGGCUUUUUUGUUGUCGAAACGGUUGCUAAGAUUAUUGGAGCGCUUUUAUCCGGGUUAAUAUUUGAUAUUCAAUGGCCUGAAUCCAUAACACUUGCAUUGCUUUUGAAUGUCAAAGGACAUUUGCAUAUAUACCUCACUAUUAUUGCCAUGAAGUAUAAUGGAUUGAUGCAGAAUCGUAUCAUCAGUUACUCAACAGGUAUUGGUAUGAUAUUUGCAAUGCUUCUCAAGAUCAUCUACAUCCCAAUAGUUGCAAAAUACAUUGUUCGAAGAGCUAGGAAACGUUUCCCAAAUCAACCUUUGGCGCUACAAUGGCAUGAUCCUACUAAGGAGCUAAGGAUUCUAUUAGGUUUUCAUGGAGUCGAAAAUGUUCCUUGUGCUAUAAAUCUCAUGGAGAUCUCCAAGGAGACAGGUGACCCAGGCAUCGUGGUGUAUGCUACUGACAUGAUAGAACUCACAGAUCAUAUAGCUGCCACUUUAGUCCCCGGAGGAGUAGAUGCUAUAGAGGUGACUGAUGAGGUGACAAUUCAGAAUAGAGAGCAAAUUACAACCACAUUACAAGAAUACCUUGAGAAGAAUGGAGAUGGAAUCACCCUUCGAAGAGCCAUGGCCUUGGCCACUUUUAACAACAUGCACCAGGAAAUUUGCAACUUAGCUGAGGAUUCAAUCAUCAGUCUAAUAAUACUUCCUUUUCACAAUGGUCUUCCAAAUGAUGGGAAGACAAAUGAUAGUCAUGUAGGUUUUAGAUAUGUUAAUCGCAAGGUUCUUCGCAAUGCCCCAUGCUCCAUUGCAAUCUUGGUUGAUCGAGGUUUUGGUGCCACCAGUCAAAUAUCGAAAUCGCGAAGAAGCACUUUGAAUACUAUUGUUAUUUUCAUCGGUGGCAAAGAUGAUAGAGAAGCAUUAGCAUAUGCAGGACGAACAGCUUACCAUCCGGGGGUAAAACUUACAGUGAUGAGACUCCUAGUAGACAUAGAUGCAGAAAGCAAUAACACGAGAAGAACAAACCAAUUAUUAGAAGAGAUGGAACUCGAUGAUGAAUGCUUUGCAAAUUUCUAUGAAAGGCACAUUGCAGGAGGGAAGGUGUCUUACUUGGAGAAACACUUGAUAAAUUCGGCACAAGCUUACACCAUAUUACGAUCAUUAGAUGGCCAAUAUGAGCUUUUUAUUGUGGGACGAGCUGGGCGAGUGAAUUCAAUGUUAACAAUGGGAAUGAAUGAUUGGGAACAAUGUCCAGAAUUAGGGCCUUUAGGUGAUAUACUAUCGUGCCCUAAUUUUUCCAUCACUGCCUCUGUUUUAAUCAUUCAACAACACAACCCCAAAGUUGAACCUGGAGGCUGUGAUAAUGAGCUUUCCUUCUUAUAA